CCGUCGCCGCCGCUGGGCUUUCUCCGGUCGCCGCCGCCACUGCCGCUCCUCCGCGGGCUGGAGGGCCCGGGCGUCCCCGAGCGAGAGGAGGCUGCGGGUGGGAGCCUUCGUGGGCACUGAGGAGCGGGCCGGGGGAGGCCGGGAUGGAGCCCCCCGGAGUUGACUGAAGCGGGGGAGCCGGGUUCCAGAGCCUCGAGGCAGGAUCUAGGGGCCUCCUGGGGUCGCAGCGGAUGGUCCGAGGGCCUCGCAGACAUGGCUCACCUCAGGGGAUUUGCCAACCAGCACCCACGCGUGGACCCCGACGAGCUCUUCACGAAGCUCGACCGCAUCGGCAAGGGCUCCUUUGGGGAGGUGCACAAGGGCAUCGACAACCGCACCAAGGAGGUGGUGGCCAUCAAGAUCAUCGACCUGGAGGAGGCCGAGGACGAGAUCGAGGACAUCCAGCAGGAGAUCACUGUGCUCAGCCAGUGCGACAGUCCCUAUAUCACCCGCUACUUCGGCUCCUACCUGAAGGGCACGAAGCUGUGGAUCAUCAUGGAGUAUCUGGGUGGCGGCUCCGCCUUGGACCUGCUGAAACCCGGGCCCCUGGAGGAGACCCACAUCGCCACCAUCCUGCGGGAGAUCCUGAAGGGCCUGGACUACUUGCACUCGGAGCGCAAGAUCCACCGAGACAUCAAAGCUGCCAACGUGCUGCUCUCAGAGCAGGGUGACGUGAAGCUGGCUGACUUUGGCGUGGCGGGGCAGCUCACGGACACACAGAUCAAGAGGAACACAUUUGUGGGCACCCCUUUCUGGAUGGCACCCGAGGUCAUCAAGCAGUCAGCCUACGACUUUAAGGCUGACAUCUGGUCAUUGGGGAUCACGGCCAUCGAGCUGGCCAAGGGUGAGCCUCCGAACUCUGACCUCCACCCCAUGCGUGUCCUGUUCCUGAUCCCCAAGAACAGCCCGCCCACCCUGGAGGGCCACCACAGCAGGCCUUUCAAGGAGUUCGUGGAAGCCUGCCUCAACAAAGACCCCCGAUUCCGGCCCACUGCCAAGGAGCUCCUGAAGCACAAGUUCAUCACUCGCUACACCAAGAAGACCUCCUUCCUCACCGAGCUCAUCGACCGCUACAAGCGCUGGAAGUCUGAGGGGCACGGCGAGGAGUCCAGCUCCGAGGACUCCGACAUUGACGGGGAUGCUGAGGAUGGAGAACAGGGUCCCAUCUGGACGUUCCCCCCCACCAUCCGGCCGAGCCCCCACAGCAAGCUACACAAGGGGACAGCCCUGCACGGCUCCCAGAAGUCUGCAGAGCCCGUCAAGAGGCAGCCGAGGUCCCAGUGUCUGUCCACGCUGGUCCGGCCUGUGUUCGGAGAGCUCAAGGAGAAGCACAGGCAGAGUGGCAGCGGCGUGGGCGCGCUGGAGGAGCUCGAGAACGCCUUCAGCCUGGCCGAGGAGUCCUGCCCUGGCAUCUCGGACAAGCUGAUGGCGCACCUGGUGGAACGGGUGCAGAGGUUUUCCCACAACAGGAACCACCUGACGUCAUCCCGCUGAAGCGCUGCUGCUUGCGAAGCCGGGAGAAAGGUCUUUGCGUGGCGCCCCCUGUGCGGUCGCGGCCACCGCCCCGCGCAGAGGGUCCCUCUUCCACACCCCUCCUGGCAGUGGAGCGCAGACACCGCGGCGCCGCCGCGAGGAGCAGAGACUGUCGGGGCAGCCCCGCCGCCUCCCCCGCCCGAGGCCGUGCCGGGCGCAGGUUUGCCUCGUGUCGCGCCAGGUACCGCGUCUCCUCCCGAGGACUCGUGUCAGCCAGGACUUUUUCUUUUUUUUUUUUUUUUAAGAAACUGAACUUCCUUGCUUCCCUGAAUGUUCUGAGGUUAAGGUGUUAGUUUUCGUAGAACGUUGAGAGGCUCCGGCCACUUUCAAUAAAAACCUGAAUUGGUCA